AUGAUCCGCAAACAAAUGAGAGAAAAGGUUUACAAUCAAAGACUACUAUACCCAGGGCAGUAUGCAUGCUCUUCUAAACACGAGCAGUGCUGCUCAGACCUUGCCAUUCACGGUCUCCAGGACCAGCUCCACCACUAUCACUGUCACAAUGGCCCCUUGGAAAGCCGCCGACUCAAAUGUGAGCAGUUCUGGAGCUACCUGGAGAAGUCAGGGGUGCUGGAUACACUGACCAAGGUGUGGAAAUUGGCACCCAUAACACAGAGCCAUCUAGCAUCAAAAGCAUCAGCCAAUCUGAUUCAUGCUAAGCCAGCUUCACUCUGUUCUCCAGAAAAUAAGAGUGCCCAAGCUCUAGAAAACAGUGGGGAUGUGGGAGGUGACACAAAGAAAGAGAAUGACCAUUACUUUGAGCUGGUACAGAAGGGCAGGCGCUAUGAUGAUAUGACCCCAGCCCUGAAGGCAGAACAGGGGAAUGAACUCUCGGACGAAGAGAAAAAUCUGCUCUCCGUCCUUGGUGUGUCAUCUCCAGCAUUGAAAAGAAAACAGAGAGGAGACCUGGCCGGUUUGGCUCAGCGGUUAGAAAAGAAAACAGAGAGGAACAAGAAGCAGCAGCAGAUGGGCAGAGAAAACCGUGAGAAGACAGACGCAGAACUGCAGGACAUCUGCAACGAUGCUCCGGAGCUGUUAGACAAAUACCUUAUUCCCAGUGCCACACAACCCGACAGUAAGGUGUUCUACUUGAAAAUGAAAGAUUAUUUUAGAUAUCUUUCUGAGGGCGCAUCUGGAGACAAGAAGCAAACCACUGGGUGGAAGUCUCGACAGGCUUACCAGGAAGCGUUUGAAGUUACAAAGAAAGAAAUGCAGCCUACACACUCAAUUCCACUUGGCCCGGCACUGAAUUUCUCAGUCUUUUACUCUGAGAUUCUGAACUCUCCCGAACAGGCUUGGAGCCCGGCAAAAAUGGCGUUUGAUGAAGCAUUUGCUGACUUGGACACACUGAAUGAACAGUCGUGCAAAGGCAGCACCCUGAUCAUGUGGCUUAAAGACAAUCUCACUCUGUGCACAUGGGAAAACCAGGGAGAUGAGGGAGAUGCUGGGGAGGGAGAGAACUAA